AUGCAAAUGGAAUAUGAAAUUUUAGAAAAAAAUGAAGAUUUUGAAGAUGAUACUUGUGUAAAAUCAUCAUCUCAUUUUGAACAAUCAUCAGAAUUCUUUUCGCAUUUGCCUAUUUUGUUGAAUGCAAUUGAUGAUAAUACAGAUAAUGAAGAAAAAGAUGUUGAACAAGAGAGAGUUUUGAGAAAAUUAAUUUCAUUGAUUGAUCCAUAUCAAGAACAACCAUAUCUUCUUGACCCACAUUUGGAGAAUAUGGUUAAACCUAUUGUGGACCUAUUUCGAAUUUAUAUUAGAUCAUUCAAUGCACAAGAUUUGUUCCUUUCAAGAAAUUCAAAAGACAAUCUUACUAAAGAUAAUAAAAUUCAAGUGUCUAAUAAAAUAAAAAGAUUAUUUAUUCUUAUGUAUUACCUUAUGAAAAUUCGUGGAUAUAAAACAAUUGUAAAGUUUUUUUCACAUGAAGUUUCAGAUUUAGAACCUACUUAUUAUUUCUUGGUAGCUUUAGAUCCAAAGGAUUAUACAGGUUGGGAAACUAGAUAUGUUUUGUUAAUAUGGUUAUCCCUCAUUUGCAUGAUACCAUUUGAUUUGAAAACCGUGGAUAGUUUAGCAAAUGAUACCGAAGGAAAGAAGGCAAAAAGAGAUGGUGCGGCAGUUCUUUUGUCACGGUUAUUAACAAGGCGUGAUAUAGCUGAAGUUUAUCUCGCUGAUUAUAUACAAUGGGCUCAAGAUGAAGUCAAAAAUAACAAAGAUGUGUUUACGAUCACAGGUAUUCUUACAUCCCUUUGCGCCAUUUAUAAGCUUGGCCAAAGGCAAACAUCGUUGCCAACUUUAGAUAUUGCUUGGCCUUGUCUUUCCUUACUUGAUGAUAAUCAAAUAUUUGCUAAUAAUACUCUUGUAAGGAAAAUGUUGGUUAAACUGGCUCAAAGAUUUGGAUUAUGUUACCUAAAACCUAAGGUUGCUGCUUGGAGAUAUAAAAGAGGAAAUAGAUCUCUUAAAGAUAAUUUAGGAUAUAAUUCCAAAACAACUAGUAUUGAUCCUUUAAAUAUAAAUCAAUCUUUAAAAGAAGUUGUAGAAGAUGAAGAUGAAAUUCCUGAUCAGAUCGAAGAAAUUAUUGAAAUAUUAUUGAAUGGAUUACGAAAUAAAGAUACAGUAGUGCGUUGGUCAGCCGCAAAAGGUUUAGGUCGUAUUGCACAACGAUUACCUCAGGAACUUGCCGACGAUAUAAUUGGUUCUUUAUUUGAACUCUUUUCAGAAAAUACAUAUAAACGUAAUGGUGUGUUGGAACUUUCUGCUGUAUCCGAUCAUACCUGGCAUGGUGUAUGUUUGGCUGUUGCUGAAUUGGCAAGAAGAGGUUUAUUAUUACCUGAAAGGUUAUCAGAAGUUGUUCCUUGGGUUAGCAAGGCAUUGAAAUUUGAUUUAAAACGCGGUACUCAUUCAAUUGGGGCUCACGUUCGUGAUGCAGCUUGUUAUGUAUGCUGGUCAUUUGCUCGCGCUUAUGAGCCUAAAGUUCUUGCACCUCAUGUAGCUGAAUUAGCAAAUAGUUUAGUUGUUGUGUCCGUAUUUGAUCGUGAAGUCAACGUUAGACGUGCUAGUAGCGCUGCAUUUCAGGAGAACGUUGGACGAUUGGGUGUUUUUCCUCAUGGAAUAGAUAUUAUUACUACAGCAGAUUAUUUCACAGUAGGAAAUAAGGUUAACGCAUUUCUUGAAAUAAGUGUGAAAAUAGCUAAAUUUGAAGAAUAUAAACAUCAUAUGAUAGAUCAUCUCAGAACUAUAACUAUAUCAAAUUGGGAUAAAAGAAUGAGAGAAUUAGGGGCCAAAGCUUUGCAUAAUUUGACUCGCCUUGAUCUUGAUUAUAUGAUCAAUAUUGUUCUUCCAUAUCUGAUACCUCUUGCUAAAUCUCCUGAUAUGGAUACAAGACAUGGUGCAUUGUUAGCGACUGGAGAAAUUUGUUUGUCAUGGUCAUUGAUUAAAGGAAAUGACAAAAGUUGGAUCGAAGAACAUGAACCAUUAAUAACGAGAAUAUCCAAUAUUAUUGACUCUCUUCCUGACACUUUAUUCACAUCUUUCGGUUCAGAGGUUACUGUCCAAGCAGCAGUUAACCAUAUUGCUUGUUUGGCUAAAGCUAAUUGGCCUGUAAACUCCGAAAUAUUGAAUAACUGGAAAUGGGUGGUUAAAGAUUUACUAACUCGUAAAGAUGAAACUGGACAACAAAUGGCUGUAGAUGCAUUAGAGGCAAUUAUAGUCCAUUACGGAAUCGAAGAAAAGGAGAUUCUUAAAUAUCCUUUCAUAUUAUUUCAUAUUUCUUCCUUAUUUGGAUUUACCAAAAAAUUUUGUGAAGGAUUUAGAGGUUUUGUUCUUGCAUUGGGUGUGAUACGAUAUGACAAAAUUCCAGAAUGUCUGGAAUUAAGCGUGAAUUCUUUAAUAUUAUCUUCUAAACUUCAGGAAACUAAAAUGUGGAAUGAUCCUGAAACUCGCAGAAAUGCUUUCACUUCAUUUACUGUAAUUUCUAAAAAUUUGGGUGAAUCAUUCAAGACUUUUUGUUCUAAAUCAAUAUUUGAUAAAAUGCUCGAAGCAGCUUUUGUAGGAUUAGAAGAUUAUAAUGUAGAUUUACGUGGUGACAUUGGUUCUUGGAUUCGUAAAGCUAGUAUGAUGUAUCUUGCUGUAAUUUGUCCACUAAUGGCACGAUUAGAUCAAAAAGAUCCAAACUGCGAACCAUGGUUAUCAGAUGAAUUAAUUAAAAAGAUUUUUGGCAAUUUGUUAAAGCAAAGUGUCGAAAGAAUUGAUAAGAUUAGAACUUGUGCGGGAAAUAUUUUGAUGGAGUUGUUAUAUGCCAGAACUGAUGAUGGAGAGAAUUGGUUAUUUAAUAUUAAAGGUCGAGAAGUUUUGCAAUCCACCUUGCCAAAAGAUGAAGAAAUCCAUUGGAUAUCACCACUGGAAUUAUAUCCAAGAAUGGUUAAAUUACUUGUAUUACCUGAUUAUCGUCUUGAAGCACUAACGGGAUUUGUUCUCGCUGCUGGUGGAUUAACAGAAUCUUUAAUCCGACAUUCAAGUAGUACUUUGCUUGAAUAUGCUAGCGAGCUUCCCAAUACUUCAACGCCAGGAACAUUUACGUUAUCUGAAUUCGCGAAUACAUUGUUGGAAAUAUUUCGAAAAUAUGAAAGAGUUGAUCGUGUUGUUAUUCCUUUAUUGGAAGUCUUAGAUUUAUUAUUAGAAAACGAAACUUUGCAAAAAAUUGACCCAAACAGUUUCAGUUUUGAAGAUCUAUUUGAAUGCGUAAAGAAAGAAGUUACAAAGACACGCGAAAUAAGAAAACUAACUUGUUGUGCACGGGUCUUCUGUGGAAUGACAUCUUUGAAUGAAAACUUACGCAAUCGUUCACUAUAUCAAUUGCUUGGUUUAUUGGUUCGAAGAUUGACAGCAGAUCAAUUAUAUUUAACACUUACUUCGAUGGAAGAUGAAGAAUCAGAAAAUUUGUUACAAAUUGAAGAUAUUUUAGCAAACACUGAUUGGAAUAAUCCCGUACCACAACUUAAGGAAAUCAGAAAUCAACUUUAUCCCUUAUUAGGAUUGAAAUUACCAGUGUUCAAAAUUUCUACAGGAUCCUAA